CGCCAGAGGGCACCACGAGCGCAAGCGCCGCCGACCAAGUUUGCUUUGCAGCGAGAUCCUCCGACGCCAACGCUGCCGGAACGCCGGAAGGCGCCAUGUCUGAUUCGCCCUGCACGCCUACCACCAAGGCGUUCAAGGAAGUUGCAACAAUCCUCACCAUGUCACCCUUGAGAUUUCCUGGAAUGAGGAAGGACGACAGAAUCGGGAUGAGUGUCCUGACCAUCGUCGGGAUUGCUUUGACUGUCGCCGGCAUCCUCGUCGUCAUUGGCUUCUUGAUCACAACACGCCGCAGCGUCACAAACCUGAAGAACUACUGCGACACUGAAGGCUGCCUGUACCACGCUUGGACGCUCACGCGAAAACUGAACCAUAGCAUCGACCCGUGCGACGAUUUUACCGCUUACGUCUGCUCCGCCUGGGCACCCUCGGGCAUGUACAGCGAUCAGGCCAAGUCGCCCAUAGACGGCAUCUUGUACGCUCGGUUCAUCGGCUUCAGAGAAAUGCUCGCCAAAGGCGCUCGACAGCUGCCGGUGGGGGAGAAGGCGCGCGCCAUGCACGAUGCCUGCAUGGAUUCCGCAGCCGAAGCCGCAGCCAACAUGGAAGAGUUUCGGCGCCUUAUGCAGGCCAUGAGGUUAAGCUGGCCGGAACCGCCUGGCAAAGAUUCGAACGCCCUUGGCCUCCUGCUUUCGCUGGCAUACCAGUGGCAGGUACCGCUGUGGCUCGUGAUCAACACGCCCGCGUUGCAGAAGACCGAUUGGCGCCUGAGCGUUAGACCUGGUGACUACAUACCGUUGCUGAAGAACCAGUACGUCAGCGUGACGAGCGGCGAUGCUUACGUGGGUUACUGGAUUGGAUUCUACAACGCUUUUCGUACCAGAACCAGUACUCCUUUAACCAAACCCCAAAUAGAACGCGUUGCUGACGCAGAGGGUCGCAUACUCGAACAACUGCACAAGGCGUUCAUCUCGAAGAAGAAAAUCCCGGCCGUGUUGCCGCUCGCCGUCGUAGGAAACUUCACUGCUCCUGUCUCCUCAUCGGAGUGGCUGGAGCAGUUGACUCUGAGCCUGGCGUUCAGCCCCAAGUUCGUCGCCAGCGAUCAAAUUGCCGUGAGUGACACAGGCUUUCUGGCGGCGUUGGGAGGCCUCUUCGCGAACUACACCCACCAAAGGCUAAUCCAACAGCUGUCUUGGCUCUUCGUUCAGACGUACGCGCCCAUAUCGGAUCGGAAGCUACAGAAGGUUCGUUACGGCAACACGUGGAAGGCGGACAUGUACAGGCCUAUACUGUGCGCCCAUCAGGUGGAGUCCUCCAUGAAGAUGCUGGUCUUCGCGCUCAACUACGUUUCCGGCUACACUAAGCGGGACACCGAGCUCGUCAAUGAUGGCCUCACUAGCCUGAUCUACGCCGCCUCUAGUAAGAUCAACAGCUCCGGAUGGCUCGACGAAGAAAGCAAGGAGCGCGCUGCGAAGAAGAUACAUUCUGUGUUAACGUUCCUCUGGCCGGCGAAGCAAUGGAUCCGCAACGAAUUCCUCAGUUCUCUGUACGAUGACUACCCGAGCGCGGAAGAAACUUUCGGCGAUUACUGGAUAAAGGCGCGCUUCGCCGUGGCGAAACACGACAGGACAGCCGAGUUCGAGGCUACGUUGAACCUGCCGAGUAACAUUCCGCCACCCAACUUUGGGUACGAUUACGUUACCAACAGCGUUUCGUUGCCUAUCGGCAUAGUCGACCGGCCGUUGUACUACGGGGACGGAAACAAGGCUAUGUUCUACGGCGGCCUCGGAUUCCUCAUGGCUUUGCAGAUCGCCGCUGCGCUUGACAGUGUGGGCAUCACCUGGGACGCAGAAGAAAAGAAAGUCGGAUCCAUCAUCGCGAGCGACGCCUCGAUGAAGGCUUUCAAGGCGAAGGACGGUUGCCUGGAGGACCAAGGAAUCCAGAGCAUAUUUCCCGAAGUUCCGGCGCUGGAAAUCGCUUACGCCGCGUUCCAACGCGCCGUUCGAAGUGACAAGGACGGCGUACCAGCACUGCCAGGCUUGUCGCCAGACAAGGUGUUCUUCAUGACCCUGUGCUACAUGGCAUGCCAUACGCUGAACGCGAAGGACGCUUUCGGUGCCGACUGUCACAAGGCAGUGCGAAACUCGCCAGCUUUCCAAGCGGCAUUCCGUUGUCCCAGCGGCUCAAAAAUGAACCCGACGAGCAAGUGCAGUUUCUUCGACUGACGCGUUUUGAGAACCCUUGCGUAACAACUUGCCUUACGUUCGCACAAACUUAAUUUAUAUAUUUUUUGUCUGUUUUGCGGGUGUUCAGCGUCAGUACGUGUAUACUGUUAUGCUGAGUGCUGCGUUUGAUUAGUCGAGUUGCUAGACUGAGAAUUCAAGUGUUUCCUUUCACCGAAUUUCUUUUUCUGAUUAAAUAAAAAAAAAUUUCUGCGCGCCGCGUUUUGUAACGUUGCUCCGCACGUGCACGUUGACUAUUUCAGCAGCGAAAUUCAUGGAACAAGGUGCACGGCGUUUUUAUCAACGCACAUUUUUUUCUAUUGUGUGAUCAAGGGGACGUCUGAACUCAACACGCAUUCCUUGAUCCCUUUACCUACAUAUGCAUCCAUUUUAGCAAAGGAUUUUAGCUCCUGUGAACUGGUUUAGCCACAAUGCAGUGUUGAAAUUCACCCCGAGUUGAACCGCUCCCACACCGUGCUGCAUUUUAGCUCGUCUUAAAGCGAUCUGUCUGACCACAGAAUGCAAGCACAUAACUCGCCGUCCUAGUGUGGAUCGUGAUUUUGGAUCCCAUUGUAACGGACCCCCAUCUUGUAUUUAGAACUCAUUUUUGCUUCAACUGCAUCCGUCAUCGUCGCUUAGAAUUGGUGUCAUUCAC